GAGUGACGUUGCAACUCCGCACUUGACGCGUUUGCCAGUUUGCCAGUUUGGCCGCCGCUGCUCUUCAAAUUCAAAUCCCACCUCACAGCGCUCAGUGCUCACACUGUAGAGAAAUUCGUAUAUGAAGCAAGUACGAAGUCCCCGUCGUCCGAUCUCCGUUUCAGUCUUUAGCCCCGUGCAUAUGAAAUAUCCCUCGCCAAGCACCUUCUCGAGCCAUGUCCAACGACAAUCCCGUGCAUCUUAUCGUAUUCUGCCACGGGCUUUGGGGCCAGCCCAAACACCUAUCGCACGUCGAGAAGAAGAUCGUCGGUAAGGACCCUGGCCGCACCGAGGCACUCAAUCCUGAUAUCAACUCCGGAGUUCGCACUUACAAUGGCGUCGACCUCUGCGGGGCCCGUCUUUUCAAUGUUAUCGAGGAACGUUUGGAGGAUGCCGACAAGCGGUCGGUGGACCGCAUCUCCUUUCUGGGCUACUCCCUCGGCGGUCUUAUCGUCCGGUAUACGAUAGGGCUCAUGGAGGCCCGGGGCAUGUUCCAAAACGCCAGCGAUCCACCACCACCGAAAGGGACACUCAAAGUCGUUCCCACCAACUUCAUAUCGGUGGCAACUCCGCAUGCAGGCGCUCAUCUGCGACCCGACGGCAUUUGGAGCAGAUUCUACAACGCGGGACAAUCAGUGCUGAUAGUCAGGUCGGGAGCGCAUUUGACAUUGACGGACGAUGAUGGGUCGUUCGAAGCUGUCAAACAGCGGGCACAGAGUGGCAGUAGCAAGAAUGGGGGAGGGCGGAGGGCAUUGCUGGAAGCCAUGUCGGAUCCGUCGCUCCCGUUUUGGAAGGGUCUGGCUCGCUUUCAAUCUCGCACAUUGUACGCAAACACGGUCAACGAUCGGGUGGUGGGGUUCACCACCUCCGCUCUGGAACCUACGAAUCAUUACAAGAAGGAAGGACAAAGAUGGGUGCCACAUCCGCAAUAUCCAUCAGUAGUUAUUCUUCAACCGAAGGAGGAACCUUCAGAGCAGAAAGUCAAAUCAGCGGAAAUCGCUCCAUCACCCUCCUCCCCUUCGUCAACCGAAACCUCCGAGAAUGCCGACGCUGACAUCGAGUCCGGGUCUGGCAGCGCAGAUGACUUGGACGAUGACUCCCUUAUUCCGGCGGAAGAUCCCACUAAGACACCGACACAAACGGACUCUCCCGCGGCAUCCGUUGCUUUAGGCGUCACGGCCAUCACUGCUCUCGGCGCGUCUACAGUGGCCACCACCCCGAUCGGUCUGCGUAGGCUAGUGUUCCUCAUACUAUCUCCCAUUUUGUUCCCCAUCGCGAUCAUCGCUCUGACGACUAUGAACAUCGUUGCGCGCGUCCGUUACGUGCAAAACAAAGUCGAGGCGCAACUCCUGAUCGACGCGAGCGCUACUAUCGCAGAAAACAUCGAUGAAGAGACGAACUCAGCAUCACCAUCGCAUCAGCCAUCACCUACGGGAAGCACGUAUUUGGUGGAUUACAACGACAAGGGUGCUCUUCGAAAGUUGAUGAUUUCUCGACUGAAUCUUCUAAGUUGGACAAAGGUUCACGUAAGAAUCUUGAGUCCUCGAUCCCAUGCAGCGAUUAUCGUGCGGCCGAGUCAUGAUCAGUUCCAGGAUGCAAUGGAUAAGAUGGCGGAGGAGUUUACAAUAUAGGACCAGGGAUUUGACGAGAAGCGGGUUGGGCAGCUUCCAUAUCUUAGGCGGUCCUGAUCGAUCGUCGUAAGCUUGGAUGUUUGGCAUUUUGUCUUCAUGACACUCAUCUUCAUCUUUGAAAUCCGAUUCUCCUUGCUUUUCCCUCGUCAGUACUGUUUGCUUUGUUGACAGGUUCCUGGAAAGCAUUCAAAUGGCGCUGCUGCCG